AAAAGGAGGGGCAUGUCCUGGACAGGGAAGGGCUGUCUCGACCUCAAUGACCAAUGAAAGCUUGCACUGCGCUUGCAAGUAGCCAACCAGCACGGAGAAUCCCUAAAACGUCUGUGUAAACUUUAGAAGCGCUGUGUGUCAGGGCGUUAUUAAAGCACACGCUCUUGAGUCACUGAUAGAAGCAACCCAGUAACCAGCGGAUUAGCAGCUUCACCUCUCUGCCAGGGGCACUAACCUGGAUCAAAGGAACAUCCAAAGACCGGGGGGAGUAAAUAUUGCACUUCUACGGGAACUGCACAAUCUCCAGAUCGCUGGCAGUGAGCGCGAUUUACCUGCAUCUGCUCUUGCACCACCUGGCGCAGGGAGAAAGAGAAGAAGCCAGGAGCAGGGCAGCUGGAGAUGUACGAGAUGAAGGCACCUGGUGCCCCAUCCUCUUCCUCAUCCAACCCAUCAUCCUCACCUCUGUCCUCCUACUGUUCAUCUUUGGCCGGGGACUCGGAAAUAGACGUGGAGAGCCUGGAGCUGGAGGGAGAUGGGCAGCCUGAGCACUGCAGGGCAAUAUUGCGCCUAGAUGAUGAAGAUGAGGAGGAGCAGGAAGGGGUUGAUUGCGCCCCGGUCAGUAAGCUGGAACAGCAGAAAAACAAUGAAAAGGGAGGCGAGCAAAGGAAGCUGAGCAGGACCCCCAAAUGUGCCAGGUGCAGGAACCACGGGGUAGUGUCCUGUCUAAAAGGCCACAAGCGAUUCUGUCGCUGGAGGGACUGCCAGUGUGCCAACUGCCUGCUGGUCGUUGAGAGGCAGCGCGUCAUGGCUGCACAGGUGGCACUCAGGAGGCAGCAGGCCACAGAGGAUAAGAAAGGUCUGUCGGCCAAGGCCAGUAUUGCAGAGCGCAAGCCGGUGUAUCACAGGCACAUUCGCCCCCCGAGCCUACUGGCUAAGAGUAUUCUGGAAGGUUACCGGCCAGUGCCAACGGAUUCUUACCUGGGGACCAGCCCACCCCUGCCAGCCCCUGUUAGUGACAGAAUGCGGAAGAGAAGGGCCUUUGCAGAUAAGGAACUUGAGCACAUCAUGCUGGAGAGGGAAUUUAAGGAGAGAGAGAUGUUGGAGGCCACUCAAGCUGCUGGAAUUUUCUUACCUAACCGUAUGGUUCAUGCCGCUGAGUACAACUCCUACAAAGCAGCCUAUGGACCCCCACAGGCUGAUGUUCCUAGCAAGGACUUCUGCAAUUUCCUUCCCAACUGCCUUGAUCUUGCAAUGCAAUAUUCAGGGUCUGGGAAUGUGGAACUGAUUUCCUCUAAUGUCAGUGUGGCUACAACAUACAGACAAUAUCCGGUGCCUUCCAGGUUCUUGGUUUGGCCAAAAACUGGACCUAUCAGUGACGCUCUUCUUUACCAGCAGUGUCUAUUAAAUGCAACAGCUAUGCAUGCCUUGAAACCAGGGUCAAACUGGGACUCUAAGUCCAACCCAGUAAUUGAAUGUCAGCCUUCAGAACAUGACUUGGUGGCACCUUCGAAAAUAGAUAAUGCAAUCCUACACCCUCAGAAUGAUUAUGGAAGCCUGCCACAGGACAAGGCAGAAAGGUCUGCCUUUUCACCCCCCAAAAGAAACUUCCCACUUAUUUCCCCCAAGGACCACUUAUCUACCCAGGACAGUUUAAUGAGCAAAAUUAGCAAAGAGGCCACAAACCAGCCUUACCCUUUAAAAUACAACCCAUUCCAUGCAUUGCUCCAGCAGGCACAUCUUCGAAAGUCAUUGGAAGAUCUAAAACCACCAUGCGCCAAAGAUCUCUAUGAAGAGCCUGCAAAGAAAUUCAGAGAAUGUCCAUCCAAAGAAAACCAGAAAUACAAAUUUACAUUUGACAGACACAAUAAGGAUUUUAUCUUAGCAAAGGAGUCAGGAACAAAGCUAACUGUUAAUGAACCUUUACCCUUUUCUGUAGAGUCAAUUCUCAAAAGGCCCUCCACCACAGUCAAACGUUCUAGUCAGUAAAUUGGCCUCAGCUCAUGCUUAAUAGACUUGUUCAUUCAUCUCAUCAUUAUUGUUACAGUACUUGUACUGAUACUCAUUUUGUACAGAAUGACUGCUAGAUAUUAUGUAUAUACAGCUACAGUUACACCUUAUCUUUUGUAAAAAGUACCAUAUUUAAAUGUAAAAAUAUGAUUUGAAUAUAAGAUGUAAACUAUGUGAGUUCUGAUUAUGUAAUUAUAUAUAUAAAAUUAUAUAUAUAUAUAUAUAUAUAUAUAUAUAAUAAAAUUAUAUGAUAAUUUUUCUUUUGUUUUUAGAGAAUCAUUACUUUUACUAUUGCUAAGGUGCUCAUGUACUGAUUUUAAAAAACUGAUUUGUUUUCAGUGAUAACCUCACCGAGAAAUAUAGCAUAAUAACUGAUUUUUCGACAUACAAUGCCACGUGAUGGGGUGUCACAUGGGUCUCUCCAUAUUAAAUUAUAUUAAAUAUAUUAUAUUUCAUUCAGAUACAAUACUGGUUGGCUAUAUAUGCAGCAAUACAAUACGGACUUGCAGGGACAGUUUGGGAACAACUUUGCCAUUAUAUUACUGUAGCAGUAACAGCUAAAGAUCCUUGGUCCAACAAAGCAGGAGUGUGCAACCUGACGUCCGUUAGCUAUUUAUAUGGGUGAUUUCUAGGCAGGGUCAUAAACAAAUAAAGAAAUGCUGACAUUGCAGAAUAUCAAACUA